GACACCGACACCUCGGCAGGCACGCACUCAGACGCAGACGGAGCGAGCGCGCGCCGGGGGGACAGGCCGCUGUGGAUGGGGAGGUCUCAGUGAGCCGGCAGCCUACCUGUUGGAGCCGAGGAGCGGAGGACACAGCCCGAACCAUGUCUGCGAGGCUGCUGCUCUGCGCCGCCGUGGCCCUGUACCACGGGACGCGGACCUGCGGCGGAUUUAACAUCGACGAGCGCUUCCCCGUGAUCAAAGUGGGGAAAACCAAAGGGAGCUUCUUUGGCUUCUCCGUGGCUCUGCACGAGCAGACCGUGGGCUCCAGGAAACACCUGCUCCUCGCAGGAGCGCCCAAAGAGCGCUCUCAGUCUCUACCAAAUGUCAAUGAGACGGGGGCCGUCUACUCCUGCCCCGUCACAGCGAACCCUGGGGACUGCUCCCGGAUGGACCUGGUCACCACAACCAAUCCCUCGGAGAUGGUGGAGGGCAUGUGGCUGGGCGUGACGGUGGCCAGUCAGCGGGCGAAGCCGGGAGGCCGCGUGCUGGCCUGCGGCCACCGCUACAUGAAGAUCAUCAAAAGUGGCAACGAGGAGCAGCGGCGGAUGAUCGGGAAGUGUUACGUGAGGAGCAACGACCUGACCUUCGACCCCAAUGACCUUUGGCAGGCUGAAAGCUACGAACUCUGCGACCCCAACUAUGACAUGGAGUUCGAGGGCAUGUGCACCAUGGGCGUGUCGGCCGGCAUGACGGAGACGGACAUCUACAUCGGCACGCCGGGGAGCCACAUGUGGAAAGGAAACGUUCAUAUAAUGUGGAGAAACCCAGAUCCAGACAAAUUUUAUGAGUCUGCUGGAAAACAGUUCGUCCCAUUAAAGAAACGCUACAGUUACAUGGGUUACUCCGUCCUCGAGGAGAAGAAGGUGUUGAGCCGCGACGAGUACACGGUGGUGACGGGGUCUCCCAGGAAUGAGUCCAAGGGUGCCGUGGUGCUCGGGACAACCUCGACCGAGAUCGAGCCGGUGCAGAUCAUCCCCGGGGAGCAAGUGGGCUCUUACUUUGGAAACAGCCUGGCGAUUGCCGACCUCAACAAUGACGACUGGAACGACCUGAUCGUGGGCGCUCCCUUCUACUUCGACCGCAUGAAGGACGAGGGCGGAGCGGUCUACAUCUUCAUGAACGAGAACGGCUCUUUCCAGAACAAAGCCACCGUGGUGCUGAAGGGCCCCUCCGGCUCGGCGUUCGGCCUGGCAGUGGCUGCCAUCGGCGAUAUCAACCAAGAUGGAUUCCAAGACUUCGCCGUGGGAGCUCCGUUCGUGGACACAGGAAGGGUCUACAUCUGGACGGGGAACAAACAGGGGAUUUCAAGGGAGCCCAGCCAGGUGAUCGAGGGUAAGUCAGUGGACAAAGCACAUUUCCACACCUUUGGCUACUCCAUCAGUGGAGGGGUGGACAUGGACGGCAACAGCUACCCAGACAUCCUCGUCGGUUCUCUGGAUGAUCGCAUUGCUCUGCUUAGAGCUCGACCAGUCAUCCACCUGACCAAAGAUUUCGAUGUGGAGCCCAAGGUAGUGGACCCCAGUCAGUGUCCUGGAAAGACCCCAUGCAUCACAGCCUCCCUCUGCACGUCUUUUACCCUGAGCAACGGAAACAAAGACUUCAAGAAAAGCAUCAUUGUGAACUUCACGGUGAAAGCCGACAUAGAGAGGAGGAGAAGCCACCGCGUUCGGUUCCUGAGUAAUAAUGACGACGUGUACAGCGGCCAGCUGAGCCUGCAGUCCACCAAGACCAGCUGCCGCCGCCUGGAGCUGUUUCUCGAGGAGCCCUUGAGGGACAAACUGGAGCCGGUGGUCUUCUCCCUCAACCUGACGCUACAUGAACAUACGCCGACGUCCAAGCGGCUCCAGAACCUGGACUUCCACCCGGUCCUGAGCCAGGAGCAGAAUCUCACGCACGCCACCAUACAGUUCCAGAAGGAGUGUGGCACCGACAACAAGUGCACCAGCAAUCUGCAGGUGGCAGCUCAGUAUGUUGACCACAGAGAAAGGCCGUUCCGCAGGCAGGACAAGUUCCAGGUGCUCCAGUUUAACAAAAACAUGAAGAUACUGAGGCUGAAGGUGGAAGUGACCAACUUCGAGUCUCCCGGGAGGCUGGCGGAGGACGCUCACGACGCCGAGCUGAACGUCACCCUCCCCAGCGCCCUGAGCUACUCUGCCGUCAGAUAUGAGAGCUCCCAUGUUGUGGAAUGCGAUGCCACCCAGUAUGAAGGUACAGUCCUGUGCAACCUGGGAAACCCCCUGAAAGGCAACGAGAAGGUGACGCUGGUGCUCUGGUUCGAGACCAAGAGGAUCACGCUGUACACGCACGAGCUCGAGACGCAGCUGCUUCUGUCCACUGACAGCGAGCAGGACGACCUGAGGCCUGUGCCCGUGGCCCUGCUGAUUGAACACACCAUUCUGUCCUCUUUGUCCGUGAUGAAACCGUUGGUGGAAACGCAGUUCGGCGGCACGGUGAUGGGCGAGUCGGCCAUGGUCAACACCAGUGACGUGGGCAGCCUGGUGGAGUUCACCUUCGCUGUGGCCGUGGAGGGAGAGCCGCUGGGAGACCUGGACACCCUGGCUCUGGAGCUGGAGUGGCCCUUCGAGGUCCUCAACGGCAAGUGGCUGCUGUACCUGACCAAGAUUGUUGUUGAAACGGAGUCGGAAACGGAGUGUAAUCCCCCCGGAGACGUCGUCAACAUGCUCAAUCUGACUCUGUCGGAGAGCAGAGCGAAGAGAGCCAAACGGCAGAUCGCCGUCGACGAUGCCGAUGAAUUGGCGCACGUGAAGAGCGUGGAGCCGCAGGCGGCGGUCACGCUGUUCACCGGUCGCAAGGAGAACCACGUGUUGGACUGCUCCAUGGGGACGGCCAGGUGUGUGACGUUCACCUGUCCGCUGCUCAACAUGUCGAAUUCAGCGAAGGUCCACGUCCGGUCCCGGCUGUGGAACAGCACCAUGUUAGAGGACUACGCCAAUGCUCUGAGAGUCCAAGUCAAAGGUCAAGCCACGCUGAAGCUCAUUACAGACGAACAGAACAUCAAGCUGGACAGUCAGACCACGCAGUUCACAGUCUACAUCGAGCCGGUGGAGGGGGUGGAGACGCCGUACGAGCUCCCCCUGUGGAUCAUCAUCUCUGCAGCCGUGGCAGGAAUCCUAUUACUGGGGAUCAUUAUUCUCAUCAUGUGGAAGUGUGGCUUCUUCCAGAGAGCCAGUAGGAGGGAGAUGUAUGAGGCCAAGGCCCAGAAGGCUGAGAUGAAGAUCCAGCCCUCUGAGACAGAGAGGCUGACUGAAGACUACUGAGGCCCCCCAUGUGUCUCCCAGCAGCACACACCAUUGGGGCUUAUGGCUCGGCUUCUUCAGGCGGACCAUCUACUACCGGAUAAUGCCGAAGCACCGGGGGGUGAAGAUCCGCAGGGCUGAGCGCUAUCAGUUCAACCUGGGCUUCCAGCCCGAGGAGCCGCAGAAAAAGUACUGGAUCACCAACUGGACCGAGAUGCAGCAUUACUACUACUGAGGCCUUUGCUUUGACCCCUGAACCACUCACUGUCACUUCAGUCUGGCGGCAGGACGAACAAAGAGCGCCGGGCUCCAUGGACCGACUCCGGACAGUGCAUUCAAUGUGUCAUUUUUUUUUUUUCUCUUUUUUUAGUAGGUUUCCUCAAUUUUUUGUGCAAUAUACUGAACGGUUUGCUUCAGAGAUUGUAUUAUUGUGUUUUUGUCGAAUGCAGUGCUGUAAAUUUAAAUCUGGGUCGCAUUCAGGCGUAAGUUGUAAAUUCUUUUGACGUUUUAGGUAACAAUUCACCAAACCGUUCCCCUUCUGAGUCCUCCGAGAGGAGUUUUCAGCUCUCUAACUGCCUAUUAUCCUCUGUAAUCAGGAGAACAAUCCUGUUUAUGUUCUCCUUGAUUGGACACGACCUUCCUGCUCUGUCCCCAGACGCCACUUUGGCUCAGAGAGGGUCUGAAACCAACAUUAUUUCUUCAGUGAAUCACUGUCAAACUGCACUUGAGAUGAGCUGAUCAGCAUGUCCACGUCGGUACAGGACGAGCCGCUCAUAUUCCAGCGCCUGAAAUGCAGGAAACGCCCGUCACGCCGGCCGAAGGUUACUUUGUGUUGCUGAGGCAGGAUCAAAGCGUCUUCCUCUCUGGUUUCGAGGAACUCGUGUUUGUACUUGUUGGCGACGGAUACAUUCAGCGGUCCCGGUGGACGAGCUGUAACGGCUCAAAUGAAAUUCCAUGGAGAGAUCGGUAAUGAGUUGAGGAGCAACACGUGAACACUGAAUAUUACACCGGUUUGGACAAGAACGAUUCUAAUGUCCGAAUGUCUUGAGAAUAUGAACAGGGAGUCACGACACUGGAACGACUACAUGUGAUCCUUUAGGCAUUGGUGGGUACGUAUAAACUGUACAUAGUGAAACUGACUGAACUGAUUGAAUGAAUGAAUGAAUGAAUGAAUGCAGAAGCCACGACCCUCCGUUUUGUCGACCGGCAGCACUGAGGACGGACCGGACUGAGGAAACCUCUGAGUGAGCGCUCUCAGACGGGACCAGUGUUGCGUUACCACUCCGGCCCGUGUUACCUGAGAGCCUGCAGGCCUUCUGUUGUACCGCUGCGGACGUUACAGAGACUCCAUUGACUCUGCGAGCGAGGAGGGAAGGGCUGAAUGAAACCGAUGCACAAACCGUGUCUUUCUUGUGGUGGUGUUAUUUUUGUACUGUGCAGUUUCAGUGUAAUUAAAUUCCUUUUUAACAAGCUUUGCAGUCCGAUUGUAUCCCGUCUGAACACAGGCAGUAGGAAUAUUUCAUGUCUUUAUUGUAGAAAUGCAGAGGAUUCAAUAAACAGAAAAAAAAAAAUCA